AUGUUGUUUUUUAGCUUCUUCAAAACCCUCAUCGACCACGAGGUCACAGUCGAGCUCAAGAACGACAUCCAGAUCCGCGGUGUGCUCAAGAGCGUCGACCAGUACCUCAACAUCAAGCUCGACAACAUCCAGGUGCUGGAGGAGAUCAAGUAUCCUCACAUGAGCGCAGUCAAGAACGUCUUCAUCCGCGGCUCAGUGGUGCGGUACGUGCAUCUUCCAGCAAACGCGGUGGAUGUGCCGUUGUUGGAAGAUGCGACGAGGAGAGAGGCGGCAAACCAGGCUGGGAAGGGGAAAUGA